UUUUACGAAUGGUCUGAGAGGCAGUCUGUAAAUCUGUAAAUAACGAGCGUUUUCAAGUGCAACUUUACUUGACGAUGGUUUAGGGAAACAUCUCGGAAAUGUAACGAUGUCGAUGUUCCUACGAAGGUUCUAACGAUGAAUUUGGCUCUAAUAUGCUUUGGGAAACCGGGCCCAGUCUGUUAGAAAUGUUGAUUAGGACAACGAGCCCUAUCAAAGGAACCGCAAAUCCAACGACUCCUCCUCCGUCACGCCACCCUCUCAUCACAUCUGUCUGUCGCAACCGUGACCUCGUCCUACGAUUACCGUUUGUCGCUAAACUCAGUAGCUGAAGAACAAACAGCAAUGAACAUUUCAUCUUCGAACCCAUCCAGUUACAAAUAUGAGGAUUACAGGGAGACAGCUGAUUGGUUGCUGUCUCACACUGAGCAGAGGCCUAAAAUAGCCAUCAUCUGUGGUUCCGGCCUCGGUGGUCUUGCUGACCUGCUGGACAACAAGACUGUGUUUCCUUACAAGGACAUCCCACACUUCCCCAACAGCACAGUACAAGGACAUGUCAGUCAGCUGGUAUUUGGGGAGCUGCAGGGGAAGCAGUGUGUCUGCAUGCAGGGCCGCUUCCACUUCUACGAGGGCUAUGACAUUGCCAUGGUGACGUACCCAGUCCGAGUGUUCUUCCUGCUGGGGGUGGAGACCUUGAUCAUUACCAAUGCUGCUGGGGGGCUGAACCCCAACUUUAAAGUGGGUGACAUCAUGCUGAUCAAGGAUCACAUCAACAUGCCUGGCUUUGCAGGCCACAACCCACUGUGUGGUCACAACGAUGAAAGGUUUGGAGUCCGUUUUCCCUGCAUGUCAGAUGCCUAUGACAAAGACCUUUCUAGUCUUGCCAAAGAGACUGCUGAGGAGCAGGGCUGUUCCUCCUUCAUCCAGCAAGGUGUGUACUGCAUGCUGGCAGGUCCCACCUUUGAGACCAUCGCAGAAUGCAGAGCUCUCCAGAAACUAGGCGCAGAUGCUGUGGGUAUGAGUACAGUCCCUGAGGUGGUGGUGGCCCGUCACUGUGGUCUCCGUGUCUUUGGCCUGUCUCUCAUCACCAACAAGGUGGUCACAGACUACAAUAGCCAGGAGAAGGCCAACCACGAUGAGGUACUGGAGACCACAGGAAUGCGUACUCAGGACCUACAGAGGAUGCAUCACCAGCAGUAUCUGCAGACUGCAACCACCCUUGUAAUCAGUGCUGGAAUAUGAAUGAAUCAGCGAAUGCCCUGUGUGAGCUGCAUAAGCAGUAGGGAGGGAGAACAGGCUAGGGCCCCCGUUACUCUCUAUUAACAGACAAGAUAAUAGUCACUCCAAGAUACAUUCAUGAGGGCAUUCCAGUUGUAAGGUUCUGUGUUUAUUUUCUUAGUCAACCUUGUGUUCUGUUUCGUUGUGUUCUUGAACGUAGCCCUGUGUCUUUGUGUUCUUGAACGUAGCCCCGUCUUUCAUUUUUUUCAUUGAUUUCA